CUCAGCUCCCCUCCCCGACGGCACCCUCUCCGCCCGCCAGUCCACCGCAACACAAAUCAUCCGCCUCUCCUCCAUCGAAAACCUCGCCGUCCGCUCUACCGGCGCCAUCCUCGCAACAAACAUGAACUCCGCCGCUCUAAUCUCCAUCGACCUCAUCGCCAAAACCUCUUCCACAGUCCUAACCAUCUCCGGCGCCCCCGGCCUUUCAGGAAUCGUCAAGUACGCGCCCGAUCUCUUCGCCGUCAUUGGCGGGAAGGGGGUUUAUCGCGUUGAUUUCACUUCCAAUCCGCCGAAGAGUUCGUUGAUUAAGACGAUUAGUGAAGCAGGGAAUUUAAAUGGAUUGAGCACCUUUACCAAUGAGAGUGUGUUGGUCGGUGACGCAGGGAAGGGCGUGGUGUAUAGGUUGGAUGUCAACAAGGGGACGUACGAGCAGGUGUUGAAAAACGUGACGAUGGCGCCGAGCGGAUCGAUCCCGUUUGGUAUUGACGGGUUGAGAUACCGAGCGAGCGAUAGCACGCUUUGGUACACGAAUAUCUUUAAGAACUCGUUCCAUCGGGUUUUGGUCGAUCCUGUUACUGGCAAGGCGGCGGGGAGCGUGACGACGCUGUGGACGAAUCUCAUGGGCGAUGAUUUGUGUUUUGGCCCUGCGGUGCAGCAGGCCGACGGGAGCACGAAGGAAAGUGCGAAGGUGUAUGUCGCUACUAAUGGGAAGAAUAGUCUGGUGGAGGUGGAUACCAGCGUGCAGAAGCCCAGUCCGAAGACGGUGGCGACGGUUAGUGGGAGUACGAGUUGUGCGGUGGGGAGGGGGGAGGGGGAGGGGGGUUGUGGUUGGUGUUGUGUGUAGAGGGUGGUGAUGUGGUG